AUGGAAAAGCCUGCCGAUUUCUUCCUUAUACUCACUAUAGAUGAUGUGGCAAAGAAAAUUCCUUCAGCAAUCAUGCUGUCGGGGGACAUGCCAAAUCCUAACUCUUUCCCAUUUAAAACAGCAAGUUUUACCAUUGAUGAUGGAACCACUAUUGAAAUUGGGGAGGACUUAAUGAAGAGAGCCCUGCAGUACUCAGAGACAUCACGAAUUCCCGAGCUGUUGUCCUGGCUAAAGGAUUUACAGAAGAGUCUUCAUAAUCCUCCCACAGCCAACUAUAGUCCAGAUCAGGGACAGAUGGAGAUAUGUGUCACCACUGCUAGCCAGGAAGGCUUGUGUAAACUGAAAGCAUUGGGCUCCAAUAUUGUCAGGGUCCCCGGUGAUAAGUAUGGUAUUAUUCCAAAAGCCUUGAAAGACAUUCUUUUCAAGUGGAGACCAGAAAAUGGAAGAAAACCCAAGUUCCUUUACAUUAUUCCAAAUGGUAGCAAUCCUGCUGGAAUCUCACUGAGCACUGAUCGCAAAAAAGAGAUAUACCAGCUAGCAAGAGAGUAUGAUUUCCUUAUAAUAGAAGAUGAUCCAUAUUAUUUUCUUCAGUUUGUAAAGACUAAGGCGCCAACAUUUCUCUCAAUGGAUGUUGAUGGCCGAGUGAUCAGGUCCGACUCUUUUUCAAAAAUUAUUUCUGCCGGGUUAAGAUUAGGCUUUUUGACGGGCCCCAAGCCUCUUAUUGACAGAAUUGUUCUACAUCUGCAAGUUUCAACAAUACACACCAGCACUUUCACACAGAUCCUAGGAUUGGCACUUCUUCACAAAUGGGAGCAAAAGGGCUUGCUGGAGCAUACAGACAGAGUGGUGGAAUUCUACAGGGCCCAGCAAAAUACAAUGCUUGCAGCAGCAGACAAAUGGUUAAAAGAUUUGGCAGAUUGGUAUGUCCCUACAGCUGGAAUGUUUCUAUGGAUUACAAUUAAGGGCAUUUCUGAUACACACCAGUUGGUCAUGGAAAAAGCCUUAGAGAAAGGGAUAUGUCUGGUUCCUGGAGGAGGAUUCAACACGGACAGUUCAGAGCCUAGUCCUUAUGUCAGAGCUUCCUUCUCUUUUGCUUCUCCAAUCCAAAUUGACCAGGCUUUCCAGAAGCUGGCUGAGCUUAUAAGAGAAAACAUAUGAAAUGUUAGAACAAAGGCCUCUGGAAAAAAAAUGAUUGUUAGAAACCUGCAUUUAUUGACAUUUAGAAAGGGUAUAUCUAAUUUCCCCGGCCAGCAUAAAAAGAAAUCUUUCCCUUAAAUCAAUAAUGGCACAGAUAUUAGUCU